CCUAACGCGGAAGCGCGCCGUGAGGGAAGGAGAAGGAAGGGGGCGGGGCGGCGGAGGAGCGAAGUCCGGGCCCAGUCCGAAGCCGAGGCGGUUGUGAGAGAGGCCGCCACGUCCCCUUCCCUCCGAGGGCGCCUGCCAUGAAUGUGGACGUCGAGUUCCACAUCCGCCACAACUACCCCUGGGCCCGCCUCCCCGCCAGCGUCAAGCAGGGUCUUGGAAACUCACAGCGUGAAUAUGAGAAGCAGGUUGUGCUGUAUAGUAUCCGCAAUCAACUACGGUACCGCAAUAACUUAGUGAAGCAUGUCAAGAAAGAUGAACGCAAAUACUAUGAAGAGCUGCUAAAGUACAGUAGAGAUCAUCUCAUGUUAUACCCAUACCACUUAUCUGACAUCAUGGUGAAAGGUUUAAGGAUAACACCCUUUUCAUACUAUACAGGAAUAAUGGAGGAUAUAAUGAAUAGUGAAAAGAGCUAUGAUUCAUUGCCCAAUUUUACUGCUGCAGAUUGCCUAAGACUCCUUGGCAUAGGAAGAAACCAGUACAUCGAUUUAAUGAACCAGUGUAGAUCAUCCAAAAAAUUUUUCAGAAGGAAAACUGCUCGCGAUCUGCUCCCCAUGAAGCCAGUAGAGAUUGCUGUAGAGGCUUGGUGGGUGGUACAAGCUGGUUACAUUACAGAGGAUGACAUAAAGAUUUGCACUACCUCUGAAAAAACUGCUAUUGAUAAGAUCAUUGAUUCAGGUCCUCAGCUUUCUGGAUCUCUGGACUACAAUGUAGUUCACAGCUUGUAUAAUAAGGGGUUUAUUUACCUUGAUGUACCAAUAUCAGAUGACAGCUGCAUAGCAGUGCCUCCGCUUGAAGGUUUUGUUAUGAACAGAGUUCAGGGUGAUUAUUUUGAAACUCUGCUAUACAAGAUAUUUGUUUCAAUUGAUGAACACACAAAUGUAGCAGAACUUGCAAAUGUCCUUGAGAUAGACCUGUCAUUAGUGAAGAAUGCCGUUUCCAUGUACUGUCGGUUAGGUUUUGCUCAUAAAAAGGGCCAAGUUAUCAAUCUGGAUAAUCUUCAUCCAUCGUGGCGUAAUGUCCCAUCUAUAAAUAGGCUGAAAACUACUUUGGACCCGCAGAAGAUGCUGUUAUCCUGGGACAGUGGGGAAAGUAGGAGUCCUGUGCAGGAGGCUGGAUCAUCGGCAACAGAUACAGACACAAACAGUCAGGAUGACCAGGGUGAUACUGCCAGCAUAAGCAGCUUGAGUUUGUCUAGCGGACACACGAAGCGCAUAGCUUUCUUGUUUGAUUCAACCCUUACUGCAUUUUUAAUGAUGGGGAACCUCUCACCAAAUUUAAAAAGUCAUGCCGUCACCAUGUUUGAAGUUGGAAAACUGUCAGAUGAGUCACUGGAUAGUUUUCUUGUGGAGCUUGAAAAGGUCCAGAGCACAGGGGAGGGUGAAGCACAAAGAUACUUUGAUCAUGCUCUGACACUGCGAAACACAAUACUCUUCCUGAGACACAACAAGGACCUGGUGGCUCAAGUUACUCAGCCUGAGCAGCCCAAUAAUGGUUUCCCUUUGGAUUUAUUGCGCUGUGAGAGCUUGCUUGGCUUGGACCCUGCUACCUGCAGCCGGGUUUUGAACAAAAACUACACUCUUCUGGUUUCCAUGGCACCUCUUACCAAUGAAAUCCGGCCCAUCAGCAGCUGUACUCCCCAGCAUAUUGGGCCAGCCAUUCCAGAAGUUAGCUCAGUAUGGUUCAAGCUGUAUAUUUAUCAUAUUACUGGUCAAGGACCUCCGUCCCUGUUGCUAUCUAAAGGCACAAGACUUCGAAAACUUCCAGAGAUCUUUCAGGGUUAUGACCGUUUAUUAAUAACAUCUUGGGGCCAUGAUCCAGGAGUAGUCCCAACUUCAAAUGUACUCACCAUGUUGAACGAUGCAUUGACCCAUUCGGCUGUUCUGAUCCAGGGACACGGUGUUCAUGGUAUGGGGGAGACUGUCCACAUGCCAUUUCCAUUUGAUGAAACAGAACAGCAAGGAGAUUUUUCUCGUCUCAACAUGGGUGUUCAUAAAGCACUGAAGAUACUAAGGGAAAAGAUGGAUUUGCAGCAUUUCUGCGGCUACAUCACCAUGUUGAACCCUUUCAGUCACCAAAUAAACAGAAAGCCGAGUGAUGCUUCUGAUGGAAAAGGUGAGCCAGAGCUGGCCCUGGGCUCAGAUGUAAAUGGAAGCACAGAAUCAUUCGAAAUGGUCAUUGAAGAGCCAUCCAUUGACAAUGUGGCUAAACAAAGUCCAGAAGUUCCCACUACAGAACUGGAAUGGCUUCCCCUGGAAUUGUGCUUCGGAAUUCCACUUUUCAGCUCUGACCUAAAUCGAAAGGUUUGCCGAAAAAUUGCAAGCCAUGGGCUGUGUAGCAGAGAGAGCCUACAAAAACUGUUACAUUCCAGUAGAAAACUUUCUCUACAGGUCCUUAGCUUUGUUCAUUCAUUCCAGGAAAGCAUUUCAACCAUGGAGUUACUUUCAGAGGUGAAUUUCUCUUCUACUACAAGCUUACUUUCACAUCCGGCUUCUACCGACACAGGCGUUCCACUUCCUGCCAGGAAUCUAAUGUUCAAGGACGGUGUAUUAUCCGAAUGGAACGGACGUUCUCCUUCCUCUGUCCUUAUUGCAUCCAUGCCUCCGGAACACCUGAAAUAGCUUUGAAGGCUCACCGUGUCUUGUUCACAUCUUGCCUUUUUACUCCUGGUCACUGACUGCAUUCAAGUUCCCAGUGCCAAUCUUCUCAGAAGUGUAAUGCUACUACAGCAUGACCUCUGCAAUGAUAGUGUUAUUAAAGUGUGUAGUGUUGCACUAAAGUUGGGGGAGACACGUCCUACCUGUUGAUUUACUGCAUGUCCUCCCACAACUUGGGUCUUCUUAGUUGUCAGCCUGUCUCUCUUUUUAUCUCAAGACAAUCGGUCCUUUAUUUUAUAAUCGAAACACCCUUCAUAGGCAUUAUGAUGAUUGGAUUUCUAGGCUGUCGCAACAGAUAAAGGCAAUUUUAUACAUCAGUGAUGCAGACCUUAAACUUGCUUUUUUUGUAAUGUGGUAACAUUUAAACAGUUUUUGACUUCAAAAAGGCACAAAUGGUAUUCAGACAGCCUAACAAAAAUUCUGGGUAUGGCAUCAAAGAAGAAGUGGUAUUAGCAAAGUAGUACUGACAGACAGAAUAGCUAUUUCCUAUUUAAGAAAGAUGACUGGGAGAGAUUUAUUUAGAUAUGUUGAUACUAUUUUCUAGAUGGAUUUAAUCUCAGACUUAAAGUACCUCAUGGGAAAACUUACAUAGAACAUAGACUACAGUGAUUAGUUUCUGCUCAGUGGAACCUCACUUAUGGGUAUUAUAGCAGAACUAAAUGUGGUGCUGUCUAAACAUAGGAGUCCUUUCUUCUUGGCUGUGUUCCUGCAAUGUUGUCUUGUUGGCAUAUCUGUGUUGCAUCUAAAAAUUUAAAUCUGAGAGCCUUUUGCUCCAGCCACCUUGUUGACCAAAAUAAACUGAGACCCUGCUCACACAUCCAAUUCAUAAUAGGGUAGGCUCCACAAAAUAUGUUUGCAAUAGUUUCUAGUCCAUAAUCUACCAGUUGUAUGAAUGCAUCAUCAUGUGAAGAAUUCAUCUUUUGAUUUGCUACUGCAAAGAGCUGCAUCAGUUUCUCAAAACUGCAUGUGUUUACGACCCCAAAUUGAUAUUAGAGCUCUUGUAACACAGAUGCUCGGGGGAAAAGGUUGUGUGAACAGGUUCCAGAAGUCAAAUGCAAGACAAAUUGGAUUGGCUAUGGAAGGCACUAGAUUGCUGUCUGCCCAAUAACUUGUAGUGCACAAGACCUGUUCCAUGCUAUAGGGCCUGCAUAGAAGCAGUUUCAAGUUAAUUAUUUCCACUGGUGAUUAACAUAGUUAUUAGAGAGUGUCAACAUGCAAAAAGGGGUUGGAUAUAUGUGUAGGAAAAGACAGAUCGACUGAGGAAUUGAAAUACUUGGAGCUGAGAUUUAACUAAACUCUUUAGGGCACAAUCCACAGGGGAAGAGGUUGUCUUUGCACACUGAAAAUAACAAGUUAUGCAGCUGGCUCUCCUGUCUUGGAUUGUUUCUAUUUGUUUCAGUGGGCUAGGGCAAGAGAAUUUACCAGUGGAUUGUUGUUAUGGCAAGUAGGGUGUUUCCUUGAUUGCAGGCAAAGUUAAUUGAAGAUGAUGGUGUUCUCAUCUUUUCUAGAUUUUAUUAACAUUCCCUUCCUAAAAGGGCAGGAGAAAAGUAUGCAGUGUUUAACCGUUAGCUUUGUAUAGUUUAUAUUACCUAUGUGCUGCAGUCUGUCACUUCCAGGAUCUUCUCAACAGCUGUGAUGCGUUACAUCACAGUUGUAAAAAAGUUAUGAAGUAGAAGCUUUGGUGUCAAAUCAGUGUGGGCUAAAACGUUUGAUAUCAGGGCUUUGGGAAAGGUGGAACAGGAUGGUGUUUUUUCUCCUUUUAGAUGCAUGUUAGCACGAUUUAAUGCUAUUUGGGGGACCAAGACCCCUGUUAGUAUCUCAGAAACAUUCACAAUAGGAUACAGUAAUAGCAGGUAUGUGAGUGUUGGGGGAAAAAAGGAUUUCUUGUGCAUAUUUGUUUUCAUUUGAAAUGGAUUCACUUGUUCUCCCUCUCUCUCACGUUUACGUUUUAUUUCCUUUUCUAGUUAUAUAGAAAUAGAAUAAUUCCCUUUUAUCAAUAGGUGUUUUUAGGCAGAUUUCCCCUUUGUUUUUUUUAUUGCUCCCUAAAAUAUGAGCAGGACUCUUAACUUCACCUGAUGAAAUAACUUGACUUGCACUCUAUAGCUUCAGCUCUUCUGUCACAUUGGAGACAGACUUGUGGUGGCUUUCUAAUGAAAAGGAAAGUAAGUACAGCCCCAAAUUUGGGCGUAGAAUAAACUGUGUCCAAUGAAGCUGGUCAAAGAUUUUACAUAUAGCAAGUAAAUGAAGGAUGAUACUUUCUAGGUGCACUAUUAGGCAUGCUCUCUGCCAGGAAAUAUAUUUGGAGACAGAGCAAAUGCAACCCGGUGGAACAGGAGACCAAAGGGAUGUCUCAGAAGGGACAGGCUAAGGGUUGGAUGUAGAUUUGGACUGGUUGCAGUUCACAGCUAUUUUAGGUGGUCUAAGACUGUUAAGCGAGGAGGAUUUUUUGAAAAACAGAACUGACUUGCUCCUUUUUAUUUAGUGACAACUCAAUGGUAAUUUAUUAAAUCAGAUGUAUAAGGCCGAGGAUCAUUUGAAGCCAGUAAAUGCCAGCCACUUCUUCCAAUAUGAAAACAAAACAUUGGGAGAUCUAUUACUUGUCCACACCCUUCUUGUGAAAGGCUUUACAGCGGUGGAGCAGGAAAGCAGCUGCAAAAACUUGUUCUCUCAUUUAUAUAAACUCCAAUAUGGAGUUGUCUAGCGUUUCAGCAGAAAAGCCCUCAUAUGUAGGAAAGGCAGACUGUAUUCCCACAAGAUUCAAUUGUAAUUACACUUCUGGUUUCAGGACUCCAUCUCAGCUUGCCCGCUUUUCCUUGACAAGUAGCCCUGAAACAUCAGUAGAAGUACUGGUGGGAGCAGUACACUAUCCUCUAUCUAGAUCAGGCAUGGGCAAGCUUUGGCCCUCCAGGUGUUUUGGACUUCAACUCCCACAAUUCCUAACAGUCUCGGGUCCCUUCCUUUUCCCUCUCAUCCGCUUAAGCGAAGGAAGGGGCCUGAAGCUGUUAGGAAUUGUGGGAGUUAAAGUCCAAAACACCCAGAGGGCCAAGGUUUGCCCAUGCCUGAUCUAGAUGAUGGUUUAAAUCUCCAAAUGGCAGUGCCCUUCUUGCUAAUGCCAUCAUAAUCCAUGCUUAAAGUGGAAGCUUGAGCAGAAAAUGCUCAUGGCUCUAUGCCAUACUGGCUAAAUUACAAUGUUUUGAGGGUGAGGUGGAGAACAGAAAUCAUUCCAAGCUAAACUUCUGCCUCACUCUUGGAAAAAAAUCCCUUUCAUUGUGAAAACUGAAGAUGAAGAAUGGUUGCUUUACCAUCCCAUCCAUCACUUAUCCUUUCUGCCAUUUCUGCUAUAAUUCAUCUGUGACAUGAAAUCUAAAUUACUUAAAUAUACUGUGAACUGAAAUUCAACCUGUAUUCAACCAAAAAACUUUUUAAAGUAAUCUUAUUUCUUUAUACAUUUUUAAUUACUCAGCAGUUUUUUUAAUUGUCAAGAAUCAAGUUUGUCAUGUUUUAGGCUUUAACAUUUCAUAGUUCAUCUGCUUCAUACUUAAAGUGUACUUUGCUGCUUGAAGUUGGGAGUAAAGCAUUCAGGAAUAGUAUUUGAACUGGACUAGGCUUGAAAGAUUUGGGAGUUUUUUUUUUUCAAGAGCAGUUUGUUCAAGAUGGCCCUUCUUCAUAUGUAUUUUCUCCUUUGCCCCUUUUUCUAAUUUCCUAGCAACUUGAAUUCUUUCAAUAGUGCUCUUAUUUCUCUGUAUUUCUUUCUGCAAUGUUUCUAAUGCCACUUGUAUCUUUUGAAAAAAAAAAGGUUUUAAAAUGUGGGAGUCUGACAACUGUAAAGCAACCCAGUUGCUUUGUUUCUAGUCUGACGUUGAUAGUAUACAGUGAAAUGUAUAAAACCUUGUAUUCACUUAAAUUAUUGGAACAUGUAACAUAUAUGUUUACAGAAUAAAACUGUGUUGCUGGUCAGGA